CAGUUCUAGUUCGCCUUGCCUUGCCUUGCCGUGCACGAGCCUUUUCCAUAAAGGCACAACAGCGCGAGACGAUGGAGGAAGACGGGUCAGGCUUUAUUUUUAGCACUGCAGCGUGCUGGAGUGAAACGGGGAUCUGAACAUUGUGUUUUGUGUUGUGUGUGUGUGUGAGUGUGAUCGGAGAUCAGGAGCAGUACGUUCGCGUCGGGUGAGAAGAAGAAGAAGAAGAAGGCAAAUCUAAAAAUAGUGCACGCAGAAUAGUUCUCGAGAAACGAUCACACUCUGUAAACGGCUGGGUUUUUUUCCCCCCACCCGUGUUCAUGUCUUGUGUGGAAUGCUGUGGUUCCCGGCGGCGCGCUGGUGCUGUUGCUGGCGCUGUUUAUUGUUCCUGAUCCACUCGGUUCGAUAAAACGUGUCACUGGAUUAUCGGGGAACUUGUCUGACUUGUCAGUAUUUCGAGAAAUCGGACUGGAUUUUGUAGCUCGCUCAGAAAUCGCCUAGACUUUUCCAUUCGGAUUAUGCGCCGAUCGUGUUCGUUUGAUUACACAAUCAUCAGGAAGAAAAGAAAAGUGGCAUGGACUCGGCGCUGGCUCCGAUCUCUCUCUCGUUCCCUCUCGCAUCGGAUUUAAAUGAAAAGCGGAUCUGCACGCCGCAUCUUUAACACUGAUUCGGGUUCAGGAUGUGAUCCUGAUCCGAUCUCACCAAACAAAGGAUCAUAUUUAAUCUGCACAGGAUCGUAUUGUCUCGUUUUCGCGUUUUGAAAAAAAAAAAUUACUGCAUUGUUAACCGGAUCGAUCACUACGAACGGAACCGCCGGCUCGAUCCUAAUACCGCUCGGGGAUUUCGACAUGCCCUACACUGAGGAAGCCAUCGGCGCACCAGUAUGACUACAUCGGCGAACUGGGUGGCCAACGGGGCGAGCCUCGAAGAUUGCCAUUCCAACCUCUUCUCUCUGGCUGAGUUGACGGGCAUCAAAUGGCGCUGCUACAAUUUCUGCGGCGGCGGCGAGUACGGGCCCGUGAUCUCGGCGCCGGCCCAGGACGACCCGGUGCUGUGUAGCUUCACGCGCUGCGUCCAGGCCAACCUGCUGUGUGUCUGGCGCCGCCGCCUCAAACCCGAUGCCAAGGAGCUUUGGAUCUUCUGGUGGGGCGACGAACCCAAUCUGAGUGACAUCAUACACCACGAGCUCGGAGUGGUGGAGGAAGGUCUAUGGGAAUGCGGGCUUUCCUACGAGUGCAGGACACUCCUCUUCAAGGCCAUUCACAACCUACUGGAAAGGUGUCUCAUGGAUAAGGACUUCGUGCGCAUCGGGAAGUGGUUUGUCAAGCCUUACAAGCUCGAGGAGAAGAACCUCGGUGCCAGCAGCAGCAACAGCGAGCACCUCUCAUGCUCCUUCUCCUUCUUCCUGCACGGUGAGAGUAACGUAUGUACCAGCGUGGAGAUUUCUCAGCACCAGCCUGUCUACCACAUCACAGAGGAGCAUGUGCACCUGGCCCAGACCUCCAGCAGUCCCAUACAUGUGAUCCUGAGUCCGUACGGGCUGGGUGGCACACUGACGGGCCAGGUGUUUAAGAUGAAUGAUCCAGCUGUGCGGAAGCUGAUGGAGGAGUGGAGCUACUUCUACCCUAUGGUGCUGAAACGUACCGGUGGCGAGCGCGAUGAUGGCAACCUCAGUUACGACUCCAAUAGCCAUGUGGCCUUGGAGGUCAUUGUGGGAGGAGUAAGGAUGAUCUACCCAGCAGCCUUUGUGCUUAUUGCCCAGGCUCAUCUUCCAAUGGAGCAGCCUCCUCCUGCCCAGGGAGUUCAAAUCGGCACUAGAGACUCCUCAAACUGUGGCAUCCCUCUUACCCCUCCUACGUCCCCAGAGCAGCCCUGCUCAGGUGACAGUGGCUUUCAGACUGCAGUCUCUAGUGUCAGUAGUCAAGAGUGUGGAGCCACACAUAGCCCAAAGCAUUCUCAGAAGAAGCUGACUAAUCAGAUGGUCCAUCAGGCAUGGAAGGAAUGCUACAUGAACCAGCUACAGAGCAAGUGCAAUCUGGUGAAUGGCUUGGUGCCAGAGAAGAAGGUAUCCAAUGGUGUGCCAGUUUGGGACUUUACUGACCCAGGGGAAAGGGCCCCAUGUAGUUGUUUCAGGUUGAGGCAGCAGUCAAAGCAACAGCAGCAGCAGGCGAGCAACUCCUGUGCCAACACCCAACCCAGUGCCAAUUCCUCCUCCUCGUCCUCCUCGUCCUCCUUGUCCUUAUCUUCUCUACACCCGCCCUCGACACCCAAACACAAGCCUUCUGACAAAGCUGACAAAUCGGACAAAGGGCUCAAACGUGCAGCCAUAACUCCCUUCCACCACCGUCUUUCAAUAGACCAGCAACCGUGCCCGGAGCAGGAUACACCCUCUGGGUCCCAGCUAGCACUGGUACCCUUGGAUCCUCCUUUGGAUUCCAUGUCUGGAUGCAAAUACUCUAAACCAUUGUUUACCAUGACGAAAGGCCCAGAGUCUCUUCUUCAUUCCCCAGUAUCGCCACUUCCUCCAACCCUAAGCCCACACCCUAGGGUGCAAGACACAGAGGUUAUGGAGGCACCCAUGAGUGUUUCCCACUUCCUUGAGAGCAUUUCAGUGCCAGCACCUCCAGAAAUGAGCGACACUGCACUGUACACAGCCUCUUUGGUGCCCAGAGAUGCCAGCGAGACCUGGUGGAAGUGCUACAGGACUCCCAUUUUAGAUAAAGCUGAGUUAAGGCCCCCAGAACUCUCCUGUGAUGUAGUAGAAAGCAAAGCAGAAACUGAAGGAACUGCACUUAAGAGGUUUUUCGCACAGACGCACAAGAGGUUGAAGAUCUCGGAGGACUGUCUGCAGGAGCACAUAAGCAGUCUGGGAUUACUUCAGCAAUCUGGAGUUGAAGGGCUUGGGGAGCCUGGUGAGGACCCCUAUGACUUUAAGGAAGGGGACAUUGAAUACAGCUUUCCCACCACCAAACGGCUGAAGAGCAGGGAUCCGAACAGAAAGUCAAAGGGAGAGGAGAUCAAUGGGAGCAGUGCAGUCCCUGAAGGCAAAGACGCCAUGUCUAUAUUCAGUUCCGCUCCAAAAUUUGAGGAACUGGCUCAAGACGAGUCUGAGGGCAAGGCUAACCCCCCACUGACCAGAGAGAAGGAUCUAAUAGUGCUUAUCUCUGACUUGGAAAAUAUCUUUGGGGAGGAGGAAGAUGAUCUGGGGACCACUUUUCCGAAUCAUCAUCAUCCAACCAAGACUGUGGUCCCCGGAACAGAAGAACGCACUCUGGGCAUCGAUGGGCGAGUAGCAGUGCCAUAUCCAUCCACAGUAGCAGAGCUUCAGCGAAUGUUCCCUACGCCCCCUUCUCUGGAGCAGCACCCAGCGUUCUCCCCCAUCAUGACCUACCGUGACACCCCCAGCCAAGAACCUCCAGCCCACUCGGCAGGACUCGAGCAUCCUCUCAAUACACAUAACAGCCAGCUUAGUGACUUCAGAAUGGAUAUGGAGGAUGGCAUGACUAGCCCGAAAGCGGAAGACGUGCGGCCACAGAUUAUAGGUUCCAUGUUCGCUCCGGUGCGGAACCUGCCGAGCCAGUGCCUCCCCUCGCUGAAGAUCCCCGAGCAGUGCUGCUACAGGCCCUCCUGGUCCCUUCUACCCAAGAUGGAGCACUACUGCCCCCCAAACCAGGCCUCUUUUGCACGAGAUGGUUAUGCUAACAUCCCCAGCAUUGGUACUCUACAGGAUCAGGACUACACCCAGACGAGCGCCGGCGCCUCCGUCGGCACGGCGGGCGGAGUCCUCCCCUCCCCGGCCACUCCUCGUUUCUCCGUCCCUACCCCUCGCACCCCGCGCACGCCACGUGGGGGGAUGGGCCCCGCCAGCGGGCAAAGCUCCAUAAAGCAGGACGGCACCGAGCUCAGCUCGCCCAUCUCCACGCCUUCCACUGGCCUGCCCCUGAGUUCGGUAGAGCCCCUGGCAUCGGGGCCGGUCCUGCCCGAGGCGCACAGCCUCUACGUCAUUCUUCUUCUCUCCGACUCCGUUCUGGACGUGUUCAAGGACCGCAGCUUCGACAGCUGCUGCAUCUGCGCCUGCAACAUGAACGUGAAAGGCGCCGACGUGGGCAUCUACAUCCCCGACUCCACCCGCGAGGACCAGUACCGCUGCAUGUGUGGCUUCAGCGCCAUCGCUAACCGACGACUGGCACACGGCGCGGGGCUCUUCCUGGAGGACGAGCUGGACAUCUUCGGCCGAGACUCGGAGGCUGGGCGUGCUGCCGAGAGAAGGCUGACGCUGGGCAGGAGGGAUACGACUAGCGGCGGGCGACGGGCUCAGGAACAGACGCCCAUGGAGGUGUUAGGGCUGAUCAGGGAACAGUGCUCGCACCCGAUCUUGUCCUUGGCCUCGCUGCACAGUCCUGCCUCAUGUUCUUGCUGUAGCAGGCAGCGGGCGCUGAUGCAUAACUGGGUGUCUGAUCGGGUCUGGGCGGACAGCAACGACGCAUGCGUGGAGUGUUAUAAUGCGCUGGUGCAGGGGCUGCAGUACGUGGACAAUGCGGCCGGAGGGAAGGUGGAGCAGGCUUUGGUCAGGAGCAGCGCCCUGCAUUCCUGGUCUCAUACGAAUGUGCUGGACAUUAGCAUGCUCUCGUCUCAGGACGUGGUGCGCAUGCUGCUGUCCCUACAGCCCUUCCUGCAGGACGCCAUUCAGAAGAAGCGCACCGGCCGGACCUGGGAAAACAUCCAGCACGUCCAGGGUCCGCUCACGUGGCAGCAGUUUCAUAAAAUGGCUGGACGUGGUUCCUACGGAUCGGAGGAAUCUCCAGAGCCUUUACCCAUCCCUACACUGCUGGUGGGUUAUGACCGGGACUUCUUGGCGCUUUCUCCCCUGGCUUUGCCCUUUUGGGAGAAGCUGUUGCUGGAGCCCUAUGGGGGGCAGAGGGAUGUUGCCUUCCUCGUCCUCUGCCCCGACAAUGAAGUGCUGCUUGCUGGUGCUAAAACCUUCUUUCAGGAGCUCAGUGCUGUCUAUGAGUCCUGUCGUCUGGGAAAGCACCGUCCCCUGUCCCGUGUGUCCAGAGACGGCAUAGUUCAAGUGGGGUCAGUAGAAUCCAAGAAGCUGGAGGAAGACGCAGUGGACGAGUGGAUUACAGGACCCUGGGCUGGCCAACACCAGGAGGACAACCUCAGUAAACUCAAGCUCUAUGCCCAAACCUGCAGACAGAAAUUAGCCCCGGAGAUCUCAGCUCUGUCACUGGACAGCAGUCUCCUCCUUCCCCCGAAGCCUCUGCCCAAUUCAGCUCCUCCACCGUCCACCCAGCUGACCCCAGGCCCCGGGGCUCCUGAAGGAGAAACAGCAGCGCUGGCAGGGCCGGCGGCAGGAACAGCGGGGGUCCCUGUAUCAGGAAACACACCCACGUCCACGAGCACCAGCACGGGCCAGGCCAGCUCUGAAAACACCGAGAGCCAAAGCGUCAACAGCAGCACUCUGAACCAGCCCAACCAUUCAGCAGAGAGUGCCGAGAGCAUAGCAGAGCGAGAGCGCAUCGGAAUUCCCACGGCGGCACAGAGCGCAGACAGCCACGCCCACCCUCCAGCCAUCGUGAUCUACCUAGUGGACCCUUUCUUGUGCUCGGGCUCGGCACCGGGGGAGGACGAGGAGGCAGAAGAGGUGGAGCCGAGCAGCGUGUGGCUGCUAGCACUUCUGCGCUGCUAUACGGAAAUGCUUAGCGGGCUUCCAGACAGCGUCCAGCCAGCACUGGUCCUGCAGGUGGUGCCGUGUCAGUAUCUGUUACAGCCGGCCAGUGGGGGGAGUCCUCUGUACCUGCAACACCUGCGCUCUCUGGCAUUCUCCGCCCACUCGCAGUGUAGACGCCGACUGCCCACACAGACGCACAUCAAAUCGCUCACGGGUUUCGGUCCGGCUGCCACCAUCGGCUCUUUGUUCAUGAGUCCUGAGAACCCCAGCUCUAUGCAAAUGUAUUCUCCUCCCUUCAUCCUUGGCCCCAUUCGCAGUAAGCAGCCGGAGGUAGGGGAGGUGGGCUCAGAACCUACACCCCGCUACAACGUGCUCUUCGUGGGAUAUUGUCUGUCUCAUGACCAGCGCUGGAUUCUCGUUUCCUGUACUGACCAGCAGGGGGAGCUCCUAGAGACCUGCGUUAUUAAUAUUGACGUUCCCAACAGGUCUCGACGCCCCAAGUUCUCCCCGCGCAAAAUAGGCCUACAGAAACUGUGGGAGUGGUGCAUCGGCAUCAUCCAAAUGACAGCAGUUCCUUGGAGGAUAGUAAUAGGGCGCCUGGGACGACUGGGUCACGGAGAGCUGAAAGACUGGAGUCUCUUGCUGGGAGAACAUUCUCUGCACGCUGUAAGCAGGCAGCUGCGGGAGGCGUGCCGCAUGUGUAGCAUAUCAGCCGCCGAUUCGCCGUCCAUUCUCAGUGCCUGUCUGGUCUCCAUGGAGCCUCAGGGGUCCUUUGUGGUAAUGCCAGAUGCCGUGACCAUGGGGUCGGUGUUUGGCCGCAGCACAGCACUAAACCUGCAGACAUCUCAGCUCAACACUCCACAGGAUGCUUCCUGCACCCACAUCCUGGUCUUUCCUACAUCCUCCACCACUCAAGUCGCUCCAAGUUCCUACCCCACAGAGGACAACCCUGACGACAUGUUUGGUCUGCCCUUCCCGGACGACCUGGACGAAAUCGGGCACGACAUCACAGGGUACCUGGACACUUCCCCUACUACCUCCCCUGUGCCCUCUCCGGGUUCCCCUUCUGGCAUGGGCGUGGGUUCUCACUUCCCACACACACGGAGUCAAGGGGAGCGAUUGUUGUCCCGUGAUGCCCCUGAGGAGUUGAAGCAGCAACCUCUGGCUUUAGGGUAUUAUGUCUCUACGGCUCAGGCUGACGGGCUGCCUCACUGGUUCUGGGCCUCGUGUCCUCAAGCGCAGAGCCAGUGCCCGCUGUUCCUUAAGGCCUCUUUGCAUCACCAUAUCUCUAUAGCUCAGACAGAGGAACAAGCCUCCAGCAAGACUUCCCAAAGGACCCCACAUCCACUGGACUCCAAAACCACUUCAGAUGUGCUCAGGUUUGUGCUGGAGCAGUACAAUGCCCUCUCCUGGCUAACUUGCAGUCCGGCAACCCAAGACCGGCGGUCCUGCCUCCCCGUGCACUUAGUCAUCCUCACACAGAUGUACAACGCCAUCCUCAACAUCUUAUAGGACUGAUGGAGAGAGAGGCGGAGAGAGAGCCUCUCGAAAGGCUGCUCAGGACCUCCUCAUUCUGAAAUGUAGCCACCGUCCACGGGGAGGAAACUUCCUUUGCUCUAGCACUGCCUUUUUCAUGGGCUGGACUAUGAUUUUCUGGGUUUUCGGGUCAAAGGCAGCUUGUUCUAUCCGCACUAUACGUGAUGUUUUUUUUGGUGGAAGGAGUUUUGCAUAUGACCAUCUCGGAAAUAAGCAUAGUACAAUCACUACCCUUUAACUGUCAGCCAUUGGUGGGGGUCAUGUGCCAGUUGCAUGGUCUGGCCUGAAGAAUGGAAUGUCAAAUGGAAUGUCAAAUGUUGCACUUUUGGACUGGAAGUUAAGCUUCAAAUGGCAGCCAUAUUUUUUUUUAUAUAUAUUUUCGACCCCCUCCCAGCCCCCCACCCUUUUCUGCCAACUAAAAUCCAACAAGGAAGGAUAGUUGGAUUUGUGUUCUGUGUGAUAACACUAGGAUAAAAACGGCGUACCCAGAUCCCGGAAGAGCUGAGUCCCAUGUAGUUCACCGAUGGUUUGUCCCGUGCUCUGAAGACUCGGUGAACGCUGCAUUUAUGUACCUUAUGUAAUAUCUGAUAUGCAAAAUCAGCAGCUAAGCUGUCCAGAGACUGUCCUACCCACUUCAAACUGCCCAGCGAGAAACAGACCGGCGUCUGUACGAGAGAAUCCGUCGGACUUCCAGUGAAGACUAAUUGUUCAAUAAUGGCACUUUCGGCUCCGGCAGCUUUUUUUUUUUUAAGGGGGGAGCACUGUAAGGGAUCUGUUUUACUGUUGGAGAUAAACUUGCCAUUCAAUAUUUGACAAUGAAAUCAAAACACAGACCUGUUCAUAGUGUAAAAAUGAGAAUUAUUUUUAUUAAUGAAAGCAACGAAAAAAACUAAGUAAUUUUUUUGUCCAAAUUCAAUUUGAGAGCCUUUAGAAGGUCGUUUUAAAGACAAUUGUAACAUGUUUAAAUGCCAUAUUUAUGUACUAUAUAUAUGCCAUUGUAUUAUUACAUUUAUAUCAAAUCUCUUUUUACCACAGAUGGGUAAUUUUGUGGUGAGUAUUUUAAAUGAAAAACAGUAUAACAUCUUGAAAUGAAUGCAUUAUUUACUUUUUUAUUAAUUUACACUUGUCUUCUUGCCUUCUAAUUUAAUUUUUAAGUUAAGGUAAUGGCUGAACAAUGCAGAAAAUAUAUUUAUGAAUCGUUUCUAUUAUUGCAACUUGAACUAGGCAAUAGAUUGAAUCCAGUGAAUCUGAAAAUAAGACAUAUUGUACGUUUAUCUAAUAUGCAUUAUCUGCAAGGCGAUGUCAAAUUUAACUCUCCGAGUGGCCUGAUUUGUCAUCCACGGUCACGUUACCCUUGUCGUUUGUACACUUUCUUGCAUGUCUGUAUAUAUACACAUUUCAGCAGUGUUUUAUUUUUUCUGUUCGUUGUAGAUCUCUAAAAGCUGUACAUUUCAUGUCAGUUUGAUUGAUUUUAAUUGUCCUCUGACUCCUAUGAAGUUUUUUUUUCUUUUCCUUUUUUUCUUUUUAUUUUUUUUUGGAGAUAUAGUAUAUACCACCUUCAAAACAGCCAAGGGUGCAUUGCCAGUACUUAUGUAUACUAAGGACAAACAAUUUUGGGCAGGUUUGUUAGGCCUACCAUCAUUUUGAAUAUCGAGCAGAUCUGUCGGCAAGAAAAGAUCUGUUUGUUUUUACACUUUUUUAAAGUAAAUUAUUGGAAUCUGAA